GCUUUUUAAAUGAGUACCUGUGCUACUUUUUGACCCACCUCUGUCGACUGCGUGUAUGUGUGUGUGUGUGUGCCAUCAGGGAUAUCUGCCGUUUUUUGUUUUUUGAUGUUUUGUUUUGUUUUUACCAAACCAGCCCUCUCACCUACUCCCGUUAUUUCGGGACUCCGCGGAUGAUUCUCGUCAUUGCCUGUUGCUCACCUGAGCCGACUCACCUGUCCCGACGCUGGGAGACUUUAUUUAAGAGCUAGAAACUAAAUUUGGCGAAGGGAAAAGGUGGAAAGGGUUACAUAAAACUGGGAGAUUAUUUGCGAAACAAAAAAUAUAAGGUGCAAGGAGGACGCAGACAGGACCGUCACCAGUCGUCUUCAUCCAACUCAUCAGUUUCCUGAUUUGUAACUGUUACCUGACUUCAAGUAGGGAAAGCGGUUUCUUCAUCCACCAAAAAAAAGGACGGGUUAGCUUGCGACAAAUUAAGAAUGCCGAGGGCCUUUCUGGUAAAAAAGACGAAUGUUUCGCCUGGAAAGCGGAACUGGAGUGAACUCCCUGAUCAUGAGCGAGGGGACGUCUACAUCCCAGUCUCCAUCUUCCCUCAGAUGGAAGCUGAGGCCAGCCCUGCCGAGACUGUACCUCUCUGCCUCAGCAAACACGCUCUCUCUGACACACGUGCCGAGCUGCCAUCCAGCACGGUCCUCGGCCGACCUCGGAGCCUAUCAGGUUCACCGGAGGAGAAGUCAGGCAUCAGGAGGAGGUCGCAGGGCGCCUCCACAUAUGUACGAUCCAAAAUCAAGGUAACUACAGGAGAGUUACCCGAUUCCCGUCCUCGCUGUCUUCCUCCCAUUCCCACUUCACCUACUUCAACCCCGCAUGAUGCUAUGAUGCCUGCUGCCCCAAAGCCAGCCCCUACCCCUUCUGAAAUGGUUUCUAUGGUGACCGGAUCAUCAGGUCAAACUCAAAAUACAUCCUCAGCAACAACAGGAGGGUUUGUGUGUCAGAUCUGCCAGAAGACUUUCCAGUACCAGCGCAUGUUAAACAGACACAUCAAGUGUCACAAUGACACCAAGAGACACCUGUGCACCUUCUGUGGGAAAGGCUUUAAUGACACUUUUGACCUCAAGAGACACGUGCGCACACAUACAGGUGUCCGUCCUUACAAGUGCACCCUCUGUGACAAGGCCUUCACCCAGCGCUGCUCGCUGGAGUCCCACAUGAAGAAGAUCCACAGCAUCACCCUGAAGUACGCCUACAAGGAGCGACGCAACAAGCUGUACGUCUGCGAGGAGUGCGGCCACACGGCGGGAACUCAGGACGCGCUGCAGAUCCACCUCCACACGCUUCACCCCGACAGUCCCCUGUUGAAGGGGAAAGGUGCGAGGAAGGCUGGAGGUGCAGCGGGAGGGCCUGUAGAAGAGUCCACGCCAGGUUCUCCACAGGAAGCAGAUAGUGACGAUACCACUGGAUCAGCUGGGCAGUAGAAGAGGGGAAAGAGGCUAAAAGAGACCAUGAAUGAAGCAGGGAUGUGUUAAUUCACAAGGAUAGAGAUAAAGAGCCAGGAUGUAUAACGAAAGGGGCAGAAAAUCUCUUGUAUUUACUGUACAUAUGUAUAUAUUUCUGAAUUUAUGUGCUUGGAUUUGGGCUUUUAGUGUAUAUAACUAGUGUUAAUGUGAUAAUUAAUCAAGUAAGACUAAAUCUGUCCAAGAUGAGCCAAAACAUUAUGACUGUCCCUGACUAAAAUAUCUCGUGGCAUGAACUCUGUAAGGAGCCAGCUAUGUAUUAUUAGGCACCAAGACAUCAGCAACUGUAACUUGUGAUGUGAAGGCACUGUGGAUCAGAUUUGAUUAUUAAUGUACUGAAACAAAGUCUUGGCAGUAGUUUCUAAAGAUUUAACACUUUCUAGAAGCUACCAAGUUGCCUGGUUGCAACGGUUUGUCCACCUGCCUAUUUAUCCAACAUCCAACCAUCCGACCAAAGGAAAAAAUUUUCUUUUUUAUUUGUUUUCAGUAUAAUAGCUCACACUGUUUUAGCUCAUCUGUGUGUUUCUUUAUGGGACUUACAUGUUGGCUUACCUGUACAGGAAAAGAGAUGCAUUUUCUAUAAAACAAAACAAAACAAAACAAAAAAAGAAAGUACUUUAUUCAUUAAAGGGAGUAAUAUAUUAUGCAAAACUG